AUGGCAAUGCUCCUGGUCUUCAGUUUUCUGCUCUUCCUAUGCUCUAGCUGUGAUAGGUAAGGUCUUGCUCAGGAUACAAUGUUAGGGUGCAGUAAAGGCACGAACAGGAACUGUGUUGUUGGACCCCUUAGACAGUGACAGCAUCUGUGUGUGUGUGUGUGUGUGUGUGUGUGUGUGUGUGUCUGUGUGUCUGUGUCUGUGUGUGUGUGUGUGUGUGUGUGUGUGUGUGUGUAAAAUCAAUAACGUGUGACCUCCACAAAAUCAGGACCAGCGGAACAUAGCUAACUCCCCAUGGUAAGUGUAAGAUUGUCAGGGGUGGCUGUCUAAUUUUGUGUUAUGCCACAAACCCCAUGGCAGCCAUUUUGUGUUCUGCCAUCCUCCUUCUGCCCCCAAUAGCAGCUGUUUUGUGACUGGCUGUUUCAGCACACACUCCAAAUUCAAAAUGUGCCCCCCCCCAAAGGAUGGAAACCCUCAGCUUGGGCAUCAGGCAGCAACCACACCAAAUAAAGAUUGUGGUUAUAAUUUCAUAAGACACAAGUGUUUAUGUUUAAUAUUGGAUGCUGGGGGUCUAAAAUGAGUGUCUUAAAAUCAAGGAAUGAUUAUGUUUUCGUGAACAAAUCCAAGAGACAAAGUUCAGUUUUGCUAUACGUUUGAAUUUGAACCAGAAUUAAUAUCAAUCAAUUUUGCCUGUUAAUGAGACCAGCAUAUAGUUCAUCAUGCAUAUUAAUUAUGGCUGCCCACUUUGCAUUGCUGAUUAUUCAAACAACAGAGGCUAUGUUCAGCUAGAAAUAUCCAUCAAAAUAAAUAGCUUUGCCCUUUCCCUUGUUGUUUACAUAAAAUAGCAAGAGGGGGGGAAAGACUCUGAAGCUGCUGUUGAAUUGGAACUGACUAAAAUAACCCCGAAGAAUGCUUACCAAAGUUUGUGACUGAUAACUCCUGCCCUCAUUUGCAUGCUCUAUCCCUGAAGUCUCUAAGACACUUCCAAGAGGAUGAAAACUAAAGACAUUUUUGUAAGAAUCGGUCUGCUGGGUAUUUCUAACAAGCUAUGCAAAUUCUAAUGCCAGACAUUAUCUGGCAAUCAUACUUUAAUAAUUUAGCAUGUUGUUAGGCUGGAUUUGGUGUCAGGAUAUUUGUGGAGCAGGUACUUGCUGAGAAGUGCAAUUAAACUAAAUCCCUUCCUUCCUAGAAAAGUUACACUGAUGCUAUUGAUAUAAUAAUGGGUGACUUUAAAAGCAGAUGCUUUGUCAGAAAAGCUUCGGGGAGCAAAUUAGUUACUGCGUACAUGAAUCAUAUUGUGUAUUGCAUGGGCAGCAUCGUGGAUUUUAAAUGGCAUAAUUAGUCUGCUUUCAGCGAAAUAAAUUUUUAGAAGUGCAGCUACAGUUGAGGUGGGAUUUGCCGCUGAGUUCAGAAGGGUGGUGAAAUGUAAAUAUCUUGCUUCUGAAACUCUCAUGGAAGGGAACUUUGUGCCCUGUAUGUUUGCAGCAACUUCCUUUGGUAUUUAAAUGCAUGUCCAGUUGAUUUCAGGAAGGUGUUAGUUGGAUUGGGACCAGCAAGUAGUCAUCACCAACACUAUUGUUUGAACUGCUAUUUUAUUUUAACAAUGUACCUAAAUCUUCGUUUACAUUAAAGGGAGAAGAGACCCAAACACCAGAAUGGGGACCAUGAGAAUCUGAUGAAUGUGGUAAAAAUGAAUCUGUCACUUAUUAUUGAAAGUGUUUUUUCUGUAGUUCAUAACAUAUAAGAGGAAGACUAACAUAGGAUACCAUUAGCUAAAAUAGCAGUGAACCUUAAGACUAAUAAUCCAUUCAUUUGCUGAUCAUUAUUUGAACAAACAAUAGUUUAGUGUUACUGCAUAUGUGAACCUUAUUUGCCAUAUUGGCCUGAAUAUAAGCCACACUUUUUUACAAAUUUGGGCUGUGAAAAGUUAAAGUGCGGCAAAGCAGCUCGGCUCCCCCCCACCCCCCGAAGCAGGACAGGAGUGCAGGGCAGAGUAGCGCCGCCUGCCCGCCGCUCCCAGCCACCAGAAAGAAGGAGAAAGGGAAGGAGGCCGCUGGCAAAGUGGUGUGGCUCCUCCCCUCAGGAAGCAGCCCGGGUGUGGGGGGCAAUGGCACACAGCCUGCCCUCCACUCCCAAGCCUCCCCCGGCGCUGGCUUGGGGAGGUGGUGCCAGGAAUGCCGUAGUGCCACGAGGCGGGCCACAUCCACAAAUAAGCCUUGAUUUUUAAAGGUGCGGCUUAUUUGCGGUGUGGUUUAUAUUCUGGCCAAUACGGUACUUACCUCAGAAGAUUUAUAAACCUCUUGAUCAAAGAAAUCUCCAAGCAGUGUAUAAAUAAAAUUGUAAAUAAAACACUGCUAAAAUCCACAAACCAAUUAAAAACAAAUAUACCUAAAACCACAACCAUUACAAAGAAAUGUAGGCAACUAAAUUUUUCACAGGUGUCUAAAACAGUAUAGAAGGCAUGAAAAUUAGAACUUAUUCCAUAACAGUCUUCUUCUUCGGCGAUCCUUCGUAGCCAAGUAAGAUUGUCUUCCAUAAACACAGUUUUAACAGUGAUCCAUAACAGUAAUUGCUGAACAAUAACUCUUCCCAUAGCUGGUUCAAAAGAUAUGCUAAUCCAUUCAUUUUGCUUUGCAGCCUUCAGAUAAGGAGGCAUUUAGCCACUCCGUCACAAGUCUGGCUACAGAUCCACUUGCCAGCAGUGAACAAAAUGGAGGACUCAGUAAUGGUGAUGGUAAGAACUGACUUAUCAUUUAUUUGAUUUCACAGCACUCACAACAGCAAACGGGCACCAUGCUUAGUGAGAGAUAAAUGUGGAGGUAACAUAAAAGUUCUAUCUGUGUUGUUCAGUCUGUUAUUUAGGUUAUCACUUGGUGCUUCCAUUAUCAAUCAAGGAACAUGAAUAUGUGAAUUAGUCAAGAGAGAUUAGCAGAUAGUUGAAAUAAAUAAAUGAACCAACUAUGCUUAAAAAGAUAGGGAUUUUGUUGGUAAUUGUGUUGUGAUUGGGUAUGGGAAAACAAUAUUCAGGGAGACAUCUAUUUGUUUGCAUAACCUGUAUACAUUUCAUUGGCAAUUGUAGUAAUUUAUCAUAUGCUUUUUAAAUUAGUACCUCUAGGUCAUAUGUUUUAAGAUAAGAAAUGCCAGCGUACACAAGUGCUCUUACAUUUCAGUCUCUGAAACAUACUACUAAAUUAUAAUUGCAGUGCUAUCCUGAGGUAAAAUUAACACAUUUAUAUUCUUGGUGAACUAGAUAGCUAUAAAAAUCCUUAAUGAUUCAGUUCAAUCAUUGUGAAGGUAAUUGAAAAGUGAGUGAGUCUUCCUGCUUGGCUAAACAUUUGAAAUGAGUGUAACUUAAAAAAAGUAAAAUGCUGAAAGCUUUUAUAAACUAGAAACACAAAAUAAAUACAUUUAUAUUCUGUGUCUUCCACAGCCUGGUAUAUUGGACUGACCUCCCUCUAACUAUUAAAUUUUAAAGAUACAUGAUAGCUUGAAAGAAAGGAGGAACAGGUGUCAGACAGUGAAAUCAGUGGCAUGCACAAGGCCUGCCAAGAGUUUGUUUUUCAGAAAGAGAACUGCACACUGGUAACUCUUUUUAGUUACUUGUUGUCUUCUCAGGUUCCACAACCAUUGCUGGAAACUCAACACUUCCAUGCCAUUGAAGAUCUCUUGUAGAAGGAUAUUCUCCCUCUGCACCAGUAAUUAAUCACAUGAAUGAGCUCCACAAAUUGAAAGGGACAGUGGAGCUGAGCAACUGGCCCCACCACUGAGCUCACACAGCACUAGACCCCUUAUGUAUACAAGCUGAAAUGGAUGUCUACGUAGGCUUCCAUGGGAGCUGUACAAUCAAGAGUUUCGGAUUUUGUGGAAGCGUACAUUUGUGGGUAUCCCCAGCUUAGAUAACUAUACUUGGUGCAUAUUCUCAGGAUAUUGGGGUAGGGAGCCAGGGAGCCUCAUUGCUACUUUCAACAUGUGACUCAACAAGUGAUGUGAUUGUGUGAUUAUUUCUUCACAUUGUAUUCAUUUCAAGGGCUCGUUCCUCAGCUCUCAAACACACGUCCUUCCCGCCAAUGCAGUUCACAAAACAAUACAAGGCAACUAAAAAUAAUAAUACAUUAACAACAAAGUUCAGGCCAAACAGCAAAUAAAAACAGAAGUAGCAAUUAAAACAUUAAAUAUAUGCCUAAGAGAAUAAAAUUACCUUGAGAAAACAAAGUCACCCCUGAUUUGAGGUUACAUUUGCACUAUACAGUGGUGCCCCGCAAGACGAAUGCCUCGCAAGACGGAAAACUCGCUAGACGAAAGAGUUUUCCGUUUUGGAGGUGCCUCGCAAAACGAAUCUGCUAUGGGCUUGCUUCGCAAGACGAAAAUGUCUUGCGAGUUCCUGGGUUUUUUUUUUCCUUUUCCCCCUCUUUUUCUAAGUCGCUAAGCCGCUUAUCUGCUUAUCCGAUAAGCUGAUAAGCUGCUAAAAGCCGCUAAAAGCCGCUAAAAGCCGCUAAAAGCCGCUAAUAGCACCAAUCCGCUAAUCCCGUCAAUGGGCUUGCUUCGCAAGACGAAAAAACCGCUAGACGAAGAGACUCCCAGAACGGAUUCUUUUCGUCUUGCGAGGCACCACUGUACAUUUAAAGUAGUAUCAUACCACUUUAAACAAUCAUGGCUUCCCUCAAAUAAUCUCGGGAACUGUAGUUUGUUAAGCGUGCUGAGAGUUGUUAGGAGACCCCUAUUCCCCUCACAGAGCUACAAUUCCCAAACGUACAAGUGGUACACUUGUUAAUUGCAGUAGCAUGGCCAACUAGGUGAUGGUAGUUGCAUAGAAGUCACAAUAACUUCGAAUUCUAUAAUAUCUGAACACAAAAGGUUCCCUUAUUUAGGUAAUAAACCAUUGUCUUCUGACAAUUUUAUGCACAUUUCUUGCCAAGUGAUGCUGUAUCUAAAUUGCAGAGCCUAAAGACGAUUAAGAUGUCUAGGAAGGGGUGUUUCUUCAGCCUUGCCUCUUCUCUUUCCUGAGGGUUCUUUUUGACGAGAAAAUCACCACCUUUAGUUAAUCAAGACAUUAUCUAAUACAUGCUUCAAAGAGAUCAAACUUUCUGUGCAUAAUCCCUAUUAAAGGGGCUUACUUUGUUGUAGGUAGGAGUAAGAGAGGAUCUUGUAUAGUUGUUGCUUUCAUCUUUGCUUGACUUAAAUACUAGACUGAAAGAUAUCACAGGUUAAGCACCAGUGGAGGCAGGCCCAUUAGGGCAAAUGGGGCACCAGCCCACCAACUUUAGCCUGCUCUUAGCCAGUCUCCAUCUGCCUCCCUUCUAAUAUAUAGCCAGAUCUUAGCUUUGUACUUCUGGAACUCAGCAGGGAGGAAGAUGGAGUGCAGCUGGUGCAGAAUUUGGCAGCCAGGUUGCACAAGACAGUUUGAGUAUAUUACACCAAUCCUGGCCUGACUUGUACUGGCUGCCAAUUAGUUUCUGGGCCCAAUUCAAAGUGCUGGUUUUGUCCUAUAAAGCCUUCAAUGGCUCAGGACCGCAGUACCUCAAGGACCACCUCUCCCCAUAUGAACCAACCCAGACCCUACUAUCAUCAUCUGAGGCCCGUCUUCGUGUGCCUCCUCUACGAGAGGUUUAGAGGGCGGCAACAUCAUAACGGGCCUUUUCUGCAGUGGCUCCCUGUUUGUGGAAUGCUCUCCCCAGGGAGGUUCAUCUGGUGCCUUCAUUAUACACCUUUUGGAGCCAGGCGAAAAUGCUCCUCUUCAACCAGCCCUUGGGCUGAUUAAUAUUCUACAGCCUUUUAAAUGUGUUUGUGAGAGGUAUUGUUUUGUUGUUUCUGUUGUAACUAUUUUUUUGUGCUUUUAUCUUGUAUUUUUAUCUUGUGAACUGCCCUGAGAGCUUUACAUGAAAGGCAGUAUAUAAAUCUAAUAAACAACAACAACAACUAGAAUCAGUUGAUUCCAGGUCCUGUUAGUCUCCUUCCCUUCCACCCUAGCAGCCCCAGUGAGCACCAGUCACUGCUGGUUAGCAGACAUAAUCCAGUGUAUCUGAGGACCUUGGUGGAUAUUUUUUUUCCUGGAACAGGAUAUUCUUUUUUAAGGUGUGACCCUUCUGGUUUCUACAAUGGAUGUUAUAUUCUGCACUUACAUUAAAGGCUCAUGUUGCUCAUAUUAUGUAUAUUCCCCCCUCCUUAGUUCUCUCAGAAGAUAGCACAGCUGCUUGCAUCCAGCCUUAUGAAGAAGUGCAAACCUCUGCUACUGACCUCCUGGAUCAACAGGACAGUCAGGGAAGAUCCUUAAAAUGUCAUCAAAGCAGGGAGCUACCCAGAAUUCCUCCCAACAAUGCCAUAGAAACUAUUCUGUCUACAAGAAAUACAGAAAACGAUCAGGGUCUAGGUAUGGAGGGCCCCUACGAAGUGCUGAAAGACAGCUCCUCCCAAGAAAAUAUAGUUGAGGACUGUUUGUAUGAGACGGUGAAGGAGAUAAAGGAGCUGGCAGCAACAGCUAGCACAGAGAAGAGCUGCGACAGCAAGCCCAAAGCUGCUGUGAUGGUUAAUGGGAACCUCGAUCAUGUUGCCGAGCGUAAAGUUGAAUCAGCUGAGUAUGCCUCCGUGGACAGGAAUAAAAAAAGCCGCCAGAGUGUUAAUUCGGAGAGUCCUCUUAGCAACACCCCAGACCUGGAAGAUGAAGCUCCGCCUCCAGUGCCUGCGAAACUCCUUGAUGAGAAUGAGAAUGAGCAGGAGAAAGGAGCCAAGGAAGAGGAAGAGGUGGCAGAAGGGCCUAGUGAACCUGACAAGGUAUACCUUAUGUUGCUUAAUCAUUUGCAGAAGAGCAUGCCACUGUAUUGAGACCUGCUCAUGAUGUCUAUGUGUUUGUCAUAGGACAUGCUGUCCUAUAUUAAUAAAUAAUGGAAAUAAGGGUGAAAUAUGUUCAUUAGUCAUAGGAGUCAUAGGAGUUUUCAGGUGUUUCCUGCUGACCUUCUAAUCAGACUUCCCAGCAAACAGGACCAUUCAAUAAAUUUCUGGCAUUUACUGUAACUUUUGAUUCAAUAUUGUGUUUGUGCGCAUGCAUGGAUGUUCAUGCAUGUACACAAGAGUGAAAUAGUGCUGUAAUGUAGGUGACUGUAUGCAUUUUGCGGUUAUUUUGCUAGUAUGAAAACAACCAUUCGUAAAUGUGUUUGCAGAAAUGUAAAUGGUUAUUUUUCAUCAACGUCUGCUACAUCCGAUGCAUUAUUCUACACAAAAAGUAGAAUAAAAACAACAACAAUCCUGGCCCCCAAACCCCUGAUCCAAGAAAGCCCUAGCUUCAUUCUGAUUUUGAGAAAAACCAAAGGUUUUUCUCCACUUCCACCCAGAAAAGCCCAGCUGCAUUUUAUGACAUCAUUUAAAAUUAAAUAGAUUUUUUUAAUUUUCCCAUCUUCCAAAUCUUCUCUCAGGCCUGUCAGCCUGUGUUCCUUUCAGAUGUUGUUCAUAAAACCACUUCCUUGAAACUGACUUCAGUGGGGCUUCCUGUAACCUCUGAAUGGCACACAGCACUUUUGAAGCUGCAUUCUCUGGGUGCUUGUCAGCUGAUUGGCAGUGAAGGUGUGCAUUCAAAUGAGGUUACUUUCUUUGAACUUGGACAGCUAUCAACCAUCUGCUGUCAGGUGAUUCCCAGAUGAGUGCUCACACCCACCAGUCAAAGUUUGCCCACAGGGUUGGGGGAAUUACGGUAAUUUGGGCUCUGACCUACCAGCUCUUCCCCAUCCCUGGAAUAUAUAUCCCAUGAGGCUAAGAAGUGGUAGGUACUCACUCUCUUUAUGUAAAAAUGCCUUUGGUUGUUGUUGUUUUUCCAAAUUUGCCAGUUUUGAGUAUUGUAUGUUGCCUGUCUCAAACUACUGAAAUUUAAAUUAUGUCGACCCAUCCUCAAAGUUUUAACUGAACAUUUAUAAUAGCUUAGUGACAACAUAUUUUUAAGGCCUUUUUUGAAUGGCUGGUUUUAUUUUUAUGCUGCACAAGGUAGAAAUCCUAAAGAAAACUGUGGUAAAUUAUGGUGAGAUAAAUUAGUUGUUGCAGUAAACAACUAAUUAUUUCUUCGGAGUUUUUUAUGUGUUGCCUUGUAGGCCUCAGUAACUGAACUGAACCUACCGAUCUUUCUAAAACUAAAAAAUAUAUAUUAAUUAUCCAGUUAUGGAAUGUAGGUGUAUUGGUAUGAUGCAUUGAAAAAUCCAAAGGAAAAUAUUCUGAUUGGCCAAUCAGCUUCAUUUUAAUUGUGUACAUACAUGGACUUCUGCUGACAUAGUCAUAUUUCAGUAAAAGUUUUUUAAAAAUCUAGUAGAACUGGACUGAUAAUGUUGCUGAUCACCCCUCCUUAUGCCGCUCAAGCUCAUAACAAACGUUUUGCCGCAUCUAAAAGCUCUACUUACCUUACAGCUGUUUAUCUCUGAAACUGCAGUGUGGGUUUUAGCUAAUGUUGAAAUGCAUGAGUAUGAAAAUGACCAGUUAUGAUGUACUAAUUCCUAGAGGCAGGGUGCCUAUCACUGCUAUCUGUUAAUAAAGCUUAUUUUCCUGUCUCUUUCAGAGGCUUAGUUCACUGUCCUACAAAUCUCGAGAAGAAGACCCAUCUCUUACAGAAGACGAGGUGAGUUUCUUUCUGCAUGAAAUUUAAUAAUUCUGCAUAAGUGCUGCAUCAUUAAGAAGGUCUGAGAAUGGUGGGCAAAUCUGUGCAGUAAAAGAUGCCCCCCCUCCAAUGCAAAGGAUUAUUUUUGUUGGGCGCACAUGGAAAUCUGAAAUCUGUAGCAUUUUCCGUGUUUUAUAGUGAAGCAAGGCAUUCUCUGUAAGAGGGGCUCGCCUCUGGCAAUUUAAGAAGCAUCAGCCUGGUACAGAAUCAUAGAAUUGUAAAGUUGGAAAGGACCCCAAGGGACAUCUAAUCCCCCCCCCCCCCCGCAAUGCAGGAAUCACAACUACAGCAUCCCUGACAGAUGGCCACCCAGCCUCUGUUUACAAGCUUCCAAUGAAAGAGUCUACCACUUUCCCAGGAAACUGUGGUUUAAUCUCUUGACUUCAAACCAUGAUAUCAAAACUUGGAGGAAGCCCACAAACAUGGUGCUCAUCCUUAAUCCAACAAACCAUGGUUUAUUGGGCCAUAAAUGUUUAUGACUGAUUCAGCCUAUAUACCACAGCAUAUUUCUCAGUGAAUAAUGAAGCCAUAGUAUGAACAAUCAAUGUGCUAUUUUCAUGUAUUUAAUUCUUCCCCUUUCCCACCCUCCUCUAGAUUUCAGCAAUGUACUCUUCUGUAAACAAACCAGGCCAGGCCACCAGAGCACUGGAGUCUACAUACAACUGCAUUCCUGAAAUUGUACCUCAGAAGUCACCAUCUAUUUGCAGUGGUCUUUAUGCCAGUGUGAAGGACUUGGAAAAUACCCCAAACCUUACCGCCAUGCCUCAGUCAACAGACAGACUAAAUGGGGAAUUAGAGCCAGACUAUGAAGCGAUUCAGACUAUAAACCGUGAGGAAGACAGAAAUGUUUUGGUACUGAACAACAGCCAAUCAAUCCUCCCACAAGAGAAUGACUAUGAGAGUAUUGGGGAUUUGCAACAGACCAAGGACAUCACUAGGCUUUAA